AUGGAUAUGUCGACAAUAACAAGCCCUGACCACGAUCUCACCGAGAUCGGAGCUAGUGGCUCCGGCAACAACAACACCACCAACACCAACUACUUCAAUUCGGCAAUGAGAGAGCACAUGUUCGACAAAGUGCUAACACCAAGCGACGUCGGGAAACUAAACCGACUCGUGAUUCCAAAGCAGCAUGCAGAGAACUACUUCCCGUUGGACGACAAUCAAACCGGAACGGUUCUUGAUUUCCAAGACAGAACCGGCAAGAUGUGGAGGUUUCGUUACUCGUAUUGGAACAGCAGCCAAAGCUACGUGAUGACCAAAGGAUGGAGCCGUUUAGUCAAAGAGAUGAAACUCGAAGCCGCAGACACCGUCUCUUUCUACCGUGGCUACAUCCCCGACGACAACGAACCGGAGAACCAAAGGAAGCUUAUGUUCAUCGAUUGUAGGCAUAGAGCCGACAUAAACCUCGCACACAACGUGAAUCAUCAUCAUUACCCGUUUCGGACGUAUCCAACGGGUAGUUAUUACCCGGUGGAAUAUUCUAUGCCGCAUUACCGGAGUUUUCCACCGUUUUAUCAUAACCACUUUCAAGAGAGGGACAUUUUAGGGUAUGGUUAUGGUAGACAUGUUCAUGGAGGGCGUUACUACGCAGGAUCACCGUUGGAUCAUCAUCAUGAGUGGAAUCUUGGAAGAUCUGAGCCGUUGGUUUAUGAGUCGUAUCCUGUUUUUCCUGCGGCUAGGGUAACUUCUUCGUCUACGGCGAUGUUGCCGCCUUCUCCUCCUGCUCAUCAGCCGGCGCCGGAGGGGACGGUGAGGAAGCUAAGGCUGUUCGGGGUCGACGUGGAGGAGUCUUCUUCUUCAGGAGAGACACGUGGCGAAAUGGGUGUCGCAGCAGGGUACUCUUCGUCUUCUCCAGUUGUGAUCAGAGACGAUGAAUCGUCCUGGAGGUCGCCACGUGGCGAAAUGGGUGCAUCGUCUUCUUCGGUUAUGCAGCUUAGCGAUGGUGAAGAAUAUAAAAGGAAAGGGAAGUCCUUAGAGUUUUAG